UUCUAAGCGAAAAACAACAGACAUUUUGAAUAAUAAAUAUUAAUUACCUUCGUUUUAUGGCUGGGUUGAAAAAAAAAGCGGUUGCGCGACGUCUGUAAACGGGGGUUUUCAGGGUAAAAUGGACAAAAUAAAAAUAGUUCGGGGGCUUAAUGCGCCAUGAAUCUGCUAUGGCAGCAUAUAGACAUAUUGUUCUGUCAAACACAACAGUUGUUUUGGCUUGAAAUACUGCAGUUUCUUUUAAAGAGAAGUGCAAGAGCAGAAACAGCUUUUUCAGUCUUGUCUGUGUUUUCCGCCCAAUAUAUGUUUUAAUUACACACUUGUCUUUUUUUGUAAAUGAAAUUUAACAAGCAGUCUUCUCUAAUAUUCCCUUGGUAUCAUAACACUAAAGUAAGGUAAUCAAAAUUGAGCGUACAAUUUCAAAAUUGUGAGAGGGAAAAAAUAGUAAUUUUAUGAUAAUAUUGACAUAUUGGCAAAAAUGUGUAUAUAUUUUUUAAAUGUCAUUAUGAGAGAGCAGUGUUUUUCUUUACAUAUGUCAUAUAUAUAAAUUAAAAUGAAAGUUGUAAUUCAAUUAUGAAUAAAAAACAUUGUAAUUCAAUGACAGAAAAGUAACAACUGUUCAAAGCCAAAAUCAGAAAAAAGGCACAAGUAUGUAUGUGAAAUCAAAAAAUAUAUUAUCACAAAUAAACUGGAAUUUUUCCAGGGUUGAAUCAAAAUUAUAUGGAAAAAAGUGUGUAUGAUUAAUGAAAAAAGACGACUUUUCUUUUUUGUCAUUUUUAAAAAGCUACUUUUUAACAGAACAAAGUCAUUAAAAUUCAAUGUGAACAUUUUUUUGUGGGUGAAAAGGUCAUAAUAUCACAAAAAGUUUGUGUUUGAGAGUAAAGAAUAUUUUGAGGACAGUUUUAUUUUUGUGAGCACACAUGAAUAGUUUGUGUGAAGUGUUUCAAAAAGGAUGUGUCGUGUGUCUGCGUGGGUGGGCAAAAAUGUGAUGCACGUGCUCAACCCUGGUCAUUGUAACCUUUGAAGCUUCUUGUGUAACAAAUGCAGGAGAGCAAAAAAAAAGGGUUUCAGUCUGUGGAGUAACUUUGAUUACACCACUUGCAGCUGUCCUCCUCGUCCUUCGCAGACAUGCAGGACAAGGUGAUGGCCGGAGAUUACAAAUCAGACAUAAAUAAACCUGUCUUUUGUAUCGAAGGGACGGACAAUGGCGGCGGAAAAACUACUCCGUCGCUGUUUGGGAAAUACAAGCAAAGUGUUCAGACCCUCAAACCUUUCCGUUGGACCUCGUCGCAGCAACACCCAAUGGACAAUGCGGGGUUCUUCUCCUUCACCACCUUUACAUGGAUGACGUCCAUGAUGUGGGCCAUGUUCCGGAACAGGCUGGACAUGAACACUCUCAAUUUGUCACCUUUGGAUGAGGCUGAAGGAAGCACAGACAGGCUGCAAAGACUCUGGGAAGAGGAAAUAGCAAAGUCGGGUCUGGAAAGGGCCUCUUUGGUCCGAGCCAUUCUAAGGUUUCAAAGAACAAGGCUUAUUCUCUCUGUGAUGGUUGGGGUCCUCGCCAUGGUGGCUGCCUUUCUAGGUCCGGCCGUUCUAGUCUACCAACUCUUGAACUAUGUUGAAGACCCUUCCAAGUCAACCCGAGCGCAUGGCAUUGGCCUAUGCUUUGCUCUUUUCACCUCCGAGUUCUCAAAGGCUUUCAUCAUCUCGCUGCUGUGGGCGAUCAACCUGCGAACAGCAACCCGGCUGAAGGGGGCCUACAGCGCUCUGGCCUACCAGAAGGUCAUCUCGCUGCGGGUGCAUAGCGGUAUCUCCAUGGGAGAGAUCAUUAACGUCCUGACUAACGACGGCCACAAGCUGUUCGAGGCUGUGCUGUUUGGCAGCUUCGUGCUGUCGGCUCCUGUGCUCUUUUUUGUCUGUAUCAUCUACGCCUGCUACAUCCUCGGCGUCACGGCGCUGAUGGGAGUUGGUACCUAUCUUGUCUUCAUCCCUGUGCAGUUUUUCUUGGCCAAGCUCAUCAACAAGUUCCGCCACAAAGCCAUUUUGAUGACGGACAGUCGCGUUCGAACUAUGAACGAAGUGCUCAACAGUAUCAAGCUCAUCAAAAUGUACGCCUGGGAAGAUUCCUUUGAGAAGAAAAUUGCAGAGUUGAGGCAAACGGAGAAACGACAUCUACGCAUAGCCAGUUACAUACAGAAUGCCAACACCAGCAUCACCAGCAUCAUCCCCACCAUGGCCACCGUGCUCACCUUCAUGCUGCACACCUUGUUGGGCUGGAGACUCGACACCACUGAAGCGUUUACCACCAUCGCCAUCUUCAACGCCAUGCGUUUCUGCCUGGCUCUAAUGCCACUGUCUGUCAAGUCUCUGGCCGAGGCCAACGUGUCCAUGGCACGUCUUAAGAAAAUAUUGCUGAUCCAGAAUCCGGAUCCUUAUUUAGUGCAGAGGAAAGGAGGAAACUCUGCAAUCGUAAUGACAAAUGCUACCCUGUCAUGGAAUAAGCAAAACAAACAGAACCCCGGCAUACUCAACGGAGGGACGGGAAUUUCCAACGGUGAAAUAGGAACCAAGGCGGAUGCAGCAUCUCGGGAUGAAAAUUCCAACCUCUUGCCCACUUUAAGGAAUAUUUCCUUCUCACUUCCUAAGGGCAAGUUGCUAGGUGUCUGCGGAAAUGUUGGCAGUGGGAAGACCUCGUUGAUAUCUAGCAUUUUGGAGCAAAUGCACCUCCUCCAAGGCUCGAUCACGGCGGAUGGGACCUUUGCGUAUGUUUCCCAGCAGGCUUGGAUCUUCCACGGUAGUGUUCGAGAAAAUAUUCUGAUGGGGAACCCAAUGGACAAGGACAAAUACGAAAGAGUUUUGGACGUGUGCAGUCUUAGACCAGACUUAAAGAUACUACCACACGCUGAUCAUACAGAGAUCGGCGAGCGUGGCCUGAACCUGUCAGGCGGUCAGAAGCAGAGGAUUAGCCUGGCACGGGCCGUCUAUUCCAAUAAAGACAUCUUCCUGCUGGACGACCCUCUUUCAGCAGUUGACGCCCACGUGGGCAAGCACAUCUUUGAGGAGUGCAUCAAGCGCCAACUCCGGGGAAAAUCCAUCAUCCUGGUCACACACCAGUUACAGUAUCUGGAGUUCUGCGAUGACAUUCUGGUGCUGGAGAAUGGCGAGGUCCUCGAGUCGGGGAACCACCAUGCGCUGAUCACGGCCAACGGACGUUACGCUCAGCUCAUCAAAGGCUACAAGGCAGAGCAAGCCAAAACUGAGAAAGAAGAAGAGGCAGCUCAAUCUGUGAAGGAGAUAGAGGUUGAGUUUAGAGAACGAGCAAACAGUGGCAUCAUCAACCCAGCCUUCGAAAUCACAGAUGAGGAAGAGGUGGGAGGAAUAACCAGCCAACAAUUCUGUCAGAUGAUUACAGCAGUGAAGAGUGGCGACCAGCUGGUCAGCGAGGAGACAUACACAGAGGGCGCUGUCUCCUGGAGGACUUACAGACAAUACUGCAAGGCAGCUGGAGGUUACAUCAUCACCUUCCUCAACUUCCUGAAUGUGGUGCUGAUGAUCGGCUCCACAGCUUUCUGCAACUGGUGGCUCAGCUAUUGGCUAGGCCAGGGCAGUGGGGUCGAGUUAACCAACGGGACCACUUCAGACCAGGGAGACAUUUCUAAGAACCCAGACCUGCACUUUUACCAGCUGAUCUAUGGUAUGAUGGUGGUGGUCAUGGUGGCCCUGGCCGUUGUCAAAUGCUUCUUCUACACUCAUGUCACCUUGAAUGCCGCCUGUCGCUUCCACGACACCAUGGUCAAGAAGAUUAUAGCCAGUCCCAUGAGCUUCUUUGACACCACACCGACAGGCCGCAUUCUCAACCGCUUCUCCAAAGACCAGGAGGAGCUUGAUAGUGUUCUCCCACUUCACAUGGACCCCUUCCUGCAGUUCGCGCUGCUGGUGGCCUGCACUGUGAUCAUCAUCUCGGCUGUUUUCCCGCCUAUGCUCAUUGCUGUGCUCAUCAUGGGACUUUUGUUCACCCUCAUGCUCUUCAUGUUCCAAAGAAGCAUCCGCUUGAUGAAGAGGAUGGAGAACAUCAGUCGCUCUCCCUGCAUCUCGCUGACCACAUCCACUCUGCAGGGCCUCAGCACCAUCCAUGCCUAUAACUUGAGAGACAGCCACAUCAAGCUGUUUAAGUCCCUGAACGACAUCAACUCCAACCACUAUCUGCUCUUCAACGCCGGGACUCGUUGGCUGGCUUUCAGGCUUGACUUCAUGGCAGCAACGUUGACCUUGUUCGUGUCACUCUUUGUGGUUCUGAGCAGUAACGAGGACAUCAUUCCAUCCUUGAAGGGCUUGGCUUUAUCCUACACCAUACAGCUGACAGGGAUGCUGCAGUACGUGGUAAGGCAAGCCACAGAGGUGGAAGCCAGAUUCAACUCAGUGGAGAGGCUGCAGGAGUACAUCCUGGGCUGUAAGUCUGAGGCAGCAAGAUACAAAAAAGAUGCUUGUAUUCCAAAAAACUGGCCAACGGGCGGGUCCAUCACCUUCCGGGACUACAAGAUGAGGUACAGAGAGAACACACCUGUUGUUCUGGACGGACUAAAUUUCCUCAUCCGAGCCGGCGAGAAACUCGGAAUCGUCGGAAGGACAGGUUCCGGUAAGUCCUCUUUAGGAGUAGCACUAUUCCGGCUGGUCGAACCAGCUGGGGGAACUAUCCUGAUCGACGGAGUGGACAUCUCAGCUAUUGGACUACAAGAUCUGCGAAGUAAACUGUCCAUCAUCCCGCAGGAUCCUGUGCUAUUCAUCGGCACAGUCAGACACAACCUGGACCCCUUUAACAGCUACAGUGACGAGGAGAUCUGGGCUGCACUGGAGCGAACCUAUAUGAAGGACUCAAUCAACAAACUGGAGGGUCAACUUCAAGCACAGGUGUUUGAGAAUGGAGAGAACUUCUCAGUCGGGGAGCGGCAGCUGAUGUGCAUGGCGAGAGCGCUGCUGCGCAACUCCAAGAUUAUUCUUUUGGAUGAGGCGACGGCGUCCAUCGAUUCCGAGACCGACGCCCUGAUCCAGACCACCAUCAGAGAUGCCUUCAAGGACUGCACCAUGCUCACCAUCGCCCACCGUAUCAACACAGUCAUGAAUGCCGACCGCAUUCUGGUCAUGGACAAUGGAAAGGUGGCAGAACUAGGCGAUCCAGAAGUGUUGUCGAAAAGGUCCGAUUCACUGUUCUCCUCGCUCUUGUCGGCCACAAACACCGUGAGCACGUCGGACUCACUUUGAUCUACACCCAGUGUGCUUUUGCUCUUGUAUUGGAUUUUUCACAGCAGUUGCCAGGCUGGUUGUUUUAUUUUACUCUUACGAGGAGAAAAAGAGAGGGGAUGUAUAUUUAAAUGCUAUUAUUUAUUGAUGAAUCUUUGAGUUUUCAAUCAGGUUUUUUCAGUGACAUUAAAGUCAAAAUCAAAUCUA